AUGGCGGACGUCGUCGCGGAGUACAUGCUCGCGCAGAACCGCCCGCUGAACGCGCAGAACGUCGCGGACGCGCUCGGGCGGCACGGAAUAAAGAAGGGCCUCGCGCAAAAGUACCUCGACACGCUCAGCGAGCGCGGGACGAUCGCGGUGAAAGAGGCUGGGAAGAGCAAGGUGUACUUCGCGCCGCAGACCGCGUCUGUGAUGACCCCGGAGGAGGUCGCGGAGGCGGAGUGCGCGAUCAAGCGAAGGACGGAGGAGCUCGCGAAUUCGCGCGCGGAGGCGGCGAGGAAGCGCGCGCGCCUCUCGGCGUACGCGACGCAGCUCACGGUGAAGCAGAUGAAGGCGCGGACGACGCAACUCGCGACCGAGAACGGGGAUCUGGAGACGAAACUCGCGCCGUUGCGCGCGAGCAAGGGCGCGGAGAUCUCCCCGGCGGAGAUGAAGAAGGCGGAGGACGCGUUCGUGAACCUCGUCGAGCUGUGGGGGAAGCGGAAGCGCGGGUUCAACGACGUGUUCGAGGUCAUCGUGGACUCGAUGGCCGGCGGCGUCAAGGGCGCGAAGAAGAAGCUUCUGGACGACCUCGGGAUCGACGUCGACUCGGACGCGCAGAGCGCGUCGCUGCAGGAGUACAGGAAGCUCGUGGACGGGAUCAAGAAGAAGCGCGCGAUGGAGGCGCGGAUGAAAAAGUACAAGAGGAACACCGCCGCGUGA